UCUAGAUAUAUAUAUCUUGUUGAAGAUAUAUUUGACAUUGUAUACACAUAUUUAUUUCGUAUGGUUAAAUAGAACCAUAAGUUCAGGAUUGGAUCUAAGAAAUCUAUUUUAUCUACUCUAGAUGAUAGAUCUAGACUCUAGACAGUCUUUGAAUUUACUCUAAACAAUUCACUGUGACUUCAGUCAUACCAGGUUUUAAAAGUGAUCAUAGUUAUUCAUACUAGAUCUAACAGUCAUAGUGCUCUUGAUAACUAUAGAUCUAAAUGGUAUUAUUAUAUAUACUAUAAUAUACUAGAUUUAAAUUUGUGUGAUACUAGACCUAAUAUACAGAUUUGAAAUAACCAUAAUAACUCAGACUAGAUUUACUCAUUUACUAAAUCUAUAGAUAGAGACAUAACAUUUAAAACUUAUAUAAAAGUUUGUAAAAACCUAAAUAUAAAAUAAGUUUAAAGUAUAGCCAUAACCAAUAUAGGCUAAGUAAAAAUAUAUAUAAAAUAUAAAACACAAUGGCUACAUCAUCAUAUGUGGACCUUAAGGAGGUUAAGGAAACAGCUAUGCAGGAUGGAAAGGCCAUGGAGUUAAAAGGAAAAGACUUAGCAGCUUAUGUACAGCAAGUUGUGAGGGAAGAAAUGGAACGGCAAGAUAAAAUAAUAAGAAGGGAAAAAGAAGAGAUAGAAAGACAAGAAAGAAUCAGAAAAGAAGAACAAGAAAGGCAAGACAAAGAGAGAGAAAAGAUUAGAGAACAUGAAGCUAAAAUGGAGAAGAUGAGAUUGGACGCAGCACAAACCAGAGCCCAAACUGAACAAGGAAAUAACACAAAUAACUCAAAUAAUUAUACCACUCAAAGAGACAACCCUAAUUCGCAGACAUGGCUAAAAAGAAAAAUACAAAGUUUUGAUGAACAGAAGGAUGACAUUGGUGAUUUCCUGAAAAGAUAUGAGGCAAAAAUGUCUACAUUUAAUAUGCCUGAAGAAGAAUGGUCUGAAAUACUGAUAGACUUUGUUCAUCGUCAAGCUCUAACAAUAUGCCAAAAUCAUGACCAUCAUAUUGAUGAUAGCUAUCAGGUUUUAAAAAGAGAGUUAUUGAAUGCUUAUGGUCAUAAUGCUACAACUUUUAGAAAGAAAUAUUUUGACAAUAUACCAUCAUUAGAAAUAGAACCCCAAACUACCAUUAAUAUGGAAAAGGAUUUUUUCAAUAAGUGGGUAAAAUUAGAAAAAGUGAAUAACUCUUAUGAAGGAUUAAAAAAUUUUAUUCUAGUGGACAACUUUGUAAAUAAAUGUGAUCCUCAAUUACAAUCUUUUAUUAGAGAAAGAAACCCAAAAACUAUAGAUGAAAUAACAGAGAUAAUGAGAGUAUAUAAAAAUGCCUAUCCAAAUAAACCAUUUUCUGAUAGAGAUAAGAGUAAAGUAGAUUUAAUAGGAUACACCAAAGAAAAUGUUGAUAGAAGUAGAAAUAGAAACAGAUCAAAUAGUGGAAAUAAAAAAUAUAGUGAAAUAACCUGUUUUAAAUGUCAAGGAAAAGGUCAUAUAGCAGCUAACUGUAGAAGAGGGAAUAGUAGGUCUGGAAGUAGAAAUAGAAUCAAUGAACAAAAUAACAGUAGAUAUAGGAAUAGAGAUAGGAAUGACAGGGGAAAUUAUAGAAAUAGGAGUUACAGUAGGGAAUACAAAAAUAAAGGUACAGAUAGGGUAUAUUUCAUGGAAGGAAAUAGGAACAAUUUUGCAGUGUACCCAGGGUUUGUAGAUAGAAUUCCGGUGGAAUUAAUCAGGGAUUCAGGUUGUAACACUUUGGCAGUAAAAACUAAAUUUGUCAAACCUCAUUGGUAUAAAGGGUUUACUAAGAAAGUAGAAUUAGCAGAUGGCACCGUAAGGGAAUUUAAAGCUAUAAGGGUAUACAUUGAAACUCCAUUUUUCACUGGUUAUUGUUAUGGCAUUGCAAUACCAGAAAUGAGAUAUGAUAUGUUAGUAGGAAACAUAAAAGGAGUUAAAGAAUGUUCAAGAAAAGAAUUAGAAGACUGGCAAAACAAAUACAAAAACAUAAGACAAAAUCAUGAAAACAUAGAAACACAAAAUAUAACAAGUAUGGUAAUAACAAGAUCAAUGGAUAAACAAGAUGAGAAACAGGAAAAUACAAUAAAUGUAAUAAGUAAUGAUAAAGAAAAAGAAACCAGUAAUGUAAUACAAAUAGAAAAUACAGGUGUUAAGGAAAGAGAGAUAGAAAAUGAAACACAAAAUAGUCUUGAAACACAAAUAUCUCAAAGUGAAAAAGAAACAACAUCCACAUUUGCAUUAGAACAAAUGAAUGACAAUAUUAUUGGGAAAAUUUAUUCAAGAAUAUCAGAUAAAAACAAUAAUAACCCAAUGGAGAAAUUUUGUAUAGAGAAUAAAAUAUUAUUUAGACAAACAAGUAAUGAUAACAAGAAAAUAAAACAACUUGUCUUACCACAGAAAUAUUGGAAAGAUGUUUUAAUCAUGACACAUGAUAAUAAUUUAGCAGCACAUAGGGGAGUAAAGAAAUGUUAUAGGAAUUUGUCAAAACAAGUAUUUUGGCCCAAAAUGAAAGCAACAAUAAACAAAUACAUAAACUCAUGUGACAUAUGUCAAAAGAGAUCUAACAAAAGCCUAGUGAAUAAAGCACCUAUUCAAGAAAUGGAUGAACCUACAGCACCAUUUCAGAAAGUAUCUAUUGAUUUAAUAGGUCCUUUAAUUCAAACUGAAAAUAAUAACAAAUACAUUCUAACAGUAAUAGACAUGUUUAGUAGAUACCCAGAGAGUAACGGGUUAUGUGAACGAUAUGGUGGUUCAUUAAAAAGAUCAUUAACAAAGAUAAUUCAGAAUAAUCAGAACAAGUGGGAUCAUUACAUUAACUAUGUACUAUUUGCUCAUAGAAACAACAUCCAUGAAGCAACACAAUUUUCACCAUAUGAAAUAAUACAUGGAAGAAAACCCAGAGAUGAAUUAGAUGUUUUUAAAUAAAAUCUAAUAGACAAUGAGAAUAAAUUAAAUAAUGACAUUGAAACAACAAUCACAACAGAAUUGAAAGAAAUAUGGACUCAAGCAUAUAACAACAAUAAGAAAUACAAACAAAGUGCUCAUGAGAAUCUAAAUAAGAAAAGACAAUUGAAAACACUAGAAGUAGGAAACAAUGUAUUAAUAUUGAUAAAUGACCUGAAAAAUAAAAUUGGUAAACAAUGGAAAGGUCCAUUUAAGGUGAUAAAACAAAUUAAUGAUGUGAAUUAUCAAAUUAAAAUAAAUGGGAAAAUUAAAACAUAUCACAUAAAUAAUUUGAAACUGUAUCAUGAUAGAAUAGAUGAGUUAAUACAAAACAUUCAGGAGGAAAUAGAAAAUACAUUUUCAGAAAGAGAAGAAUGUUUGAUGAUAAUAACAAAUGAAAAUCAUAAUGAAAAUGAUAUUAAGGAAAUACCUGUAAUAGAAACAAAAGAGAAUCAAACUUGGCAAAAGAUUAAUCUUAAUAAUUUAACUAAGGAAAAGUCAAAAGAUAUAACUAAAAUAAUACAGGAAUACAAAGAAAUUUUUUCCAGCAUACCAGGAAAAACUAAUAUUAUUAAACAUGACAUUAAAGUAACAGAUCCAAAACCUAUCAAGCUUAAGCCAUAUAGAAUACCACUACAUUUACAAGACAAAGUAAAGAAAGAAAUAGACAAUUUACUAGAAUCAGGUAUAAUUGAACCAUCAACAUCUCCUUAUGCUUCACCAAUUGUGAUAGCCAAAAAGAAGAAUGGAGAUAUAAGGUUAUGUAUUGAUUAUAGGAAACUUAACAACAUCACAGAAUUUGACCCAUAUCCAAUGCCAAAUAUAGAGGAUAUUUUACAUAAAUUAAAUGGAGCAAAAUUUUUUACUAAAUUGGAUUUAACUAAAGGUUAUUGGCAAAUACCUUUAACAGAAAAUGCAAAACCUUACACAGCAUUUGUAACACCAUAUGGUAUUUUUCAAUGGAAUUAUAUGAGUUUUGGAUUAGUAAAUGCACCUGCCACAUUUAAUAGAAUGAUGAACAUGAUAAUUGGAAACAAAGAAAAUGUUAUUUGCUAUUUGGAUGACAUAUGUAUUUUUAAUAAUAGUUGGGAGGAACAUUUGGUAGAUGUAAAAGAAGUGUUCAAAAUAAUAAAAGAAAGUGGACUUACAAUUCAAGCAGAAAAAGUAGAAAUAGGAUUGGAAGAAAUAAUUUUCUUAGGACAUAAAGUAAAUAACAACAUGAUUAGCCCUAUUGAAGAUAACAUAAAGAAAGUACUUUAUAUUGAAAUACCUACAACAAAAAGACAAAUUAAAAGUAUAUUGGGAAUAGUAAAUUAUUACAGAAAGUUUAUAAAGAACUUUAAAUAGUGAAUCCAUUAAAUGACUUACUUAAAAAAGGAAAACCUCAAAAAGUAGUCUGUAAUGAGGAAUGUAUGAAAGCUAUUGACAGAAUUAAGGAUAUUUUUAGUCAUGAACUAAUAUUAAGACUACCUGAUAAAGACAAAAUAUUUUAUGUCACAACUGAUGCAUCUGGUAAUGCUAUUGGUGGUUGUUUAAUGCAGAACUAUGAUACCUUACAUCCUAUAUUAUAUGUAAGUAGAAAAUUGUCAGAGGCAGAGAAAAAAUAUAGUGUCAUUGAAAGAGAAGCCUUAGCUGUAAUAUGGGUAAUUACUAAGCUAGAGAGUUAUUUAAUAGGAAGGAAAUUCAUAUUAUUAACUGAUCAUAAACCUAUUCAGUAUAUACAGCAAAAGAGCAUGAAAAACAGUCGUGUUUAUAGAUGGUUCUUAGCAUUACAGGAGUAUAAAUUUGAAGUGAAAGCUAUUAGUGGAUCUGUGAAUAUUGUAGCUGAUCUAUUGUCUAGAAUGACAUUGAAGUGAAAUAAUUUUGUAAAUAAACUAUGAUUAUAUUGAGUAUGUAAUAUAUAUUAAUAUAUUGACACCAUUUAUAUGUUAUGAAAAAGGGAGAUAAGUAAAUUUGAUGAUUAAGCAUUUAAAAGUAAGUAUGAAUAUUUUUUUUUGUGUGAAUCAUUUCAUAUAUCAUUGACGAAAGUUAGUUCUAUGGAAAAGGGUGAGUAUAAAAGAAAAAUGGACAAAAGCGUAUAAAAGGGUGGUAAGAAAAAAUUUAUUGAAUGUGUAAAUAAAGUCUAUAAUUGUUUUUUUUUGAAAUAUUGUAUUUUAUCAGAUUACUGCCAGUGAAGAACAUUUGUGAGUGUAUGAAGUGCCCAUGAGAUGCCACAUUUUCCUCCAUGAUGAACUGUGUACUAAUGAAGAUGAUUCUGGAAUGUUAUGAACAUUGACAUUGAAUAUGAGGAACUGUCAAGUUAGGAUGAAGAUGUCAAGAUGAAGAUGUCAAGAUUUUAUGUUUGUUGUCUUCCCCUUAAAUUGAAAAUGCCCUUGUAAGACUUGACAGUAGUGGAAAAAUAUUGACAUAUUUUUUUUUUCAAGGGGGGGAGGAAUCUGUUAGACACCUUAUUUAUAUAGGUUGGUUAUUUAGCGACGCACCAUAGAAGACGCAUAUUGAACGGGACUAGUGACGUUUGGGAUAUGUUGGGUUAGAGACCGAAAAAUCAGUUAGCGAUAGAACAUUACAGGGUAACGACGUGUUUAGUGACAGAGACUUCUACUGUGGCCUUUUAUCAGAAUAAAUCUAUGUGAACUUGUU